AUGGUUUUUGGCUUGUGGACUGGCAUAUUCAAUACAGAUAGUGAAACAAAAAUUGAAAUAGAAGCUAAAAACAUUCCAAAACGAGAUAUUUAUCACUCAUUAAUUAUUGAUGGUGUUGCUCUUGCGGAAUACAUCAUCAGAAACCAAAAUGAAUCGAAUAAUUAUGAUAUUAUGAAUGGUGGCAACUAUGAUUUGUACGCCUUAGAGAUGAUUCGCUACUUCAAAAUUUUGAAGUCUUUUAACGCACAAGUUGAGAUUGCUUUACCAUUAUCGAGACUUAUUGGUAACAUUAAUCAAUACGAAACUACUGUUUCUAAUCAAAUAGCUAAAAAUGCUUUAAAAAAUAUUCAAAAAAUAAACGCGGAGCAAUCAGAAUACAACGAUAUUAAGGGCAUAUUCCCACAUUUCAUCUUCCAACUCAUAUCAGAAACCGCAAAUAAGCUCAAAGUUCCUGUGAUUUACACAAAAUAUGAUGUGAAACGCUUUAUUGCAAAGAUUGUUGCUGUCGGUGAUGCAGAUGCCUGUAUUGUUGGCGAUUCCGACUACCUUAUUUUCCCAGCAAUCAGCGUUAUCCCGAUAUAUUCAUUUUAUCAAAACGACCAAGGCGAAUUAAUGUGCACAUACCUCACGAACGAUACAGUUGCAGAGCAUAUAGGCUUAUCAAACAAGGACAAGCUUAUAGAACUUUCAAUAAUUAUGGGAAAUCUGUUUACAGCACAGAUAAUGAACGACAAGUACAAUAUCUACACUCUCCUCCACUCACCACCCGAUCCUUCAUACCCAGCUCUUCUCAUGGAAGCUGCCGUAGAAACAAUCAACGGAGAAGAAGAGUUUUCUGUUGAUACUUUCCAACCGUUUUCGGAUAUAAUGAUCGGAGAUCCAGAAUUCAAAGCGGCUGUUGACAAAACACGCGAGUACUUCGACAUUUCAGGAGAUCUUCCUAGCGAAGGUGACUCUGCCAUCAGAAUUGAUACAGAAAAAGGCAAAUAUCCACCAUGGGCUCCAUUAGUUGAUGAAGAAAAUGACCUUUGGCUUGAAAUUUUUUACGAUGUUUAUUCUCAUGACGUAAAUACUCUAAAAACAAUGAUUCCUUUCAGAAAAGCUUACUUCGCUUUACUCAACAGAGAUACUGUCACUGAACAUUUCAUCCAAAAUGACGGACCAAGCACUAGAUCUAUUCAAUGGGAACAAACAGUACCAGUUAUCACAGAAACUCUAUUUGCCAAUGAGCCAGAUAAAUACAAGAUCCUUUAUCAAGUUGUUCACAAGUAUUUCCCAGCUGCGCCUUCGAUUCCUGACGAUCCAUUAAAUAAAAUCGAAGAACCCAUCAGAACUCCAGCCUUGGCCAUACGUUUCUUGUUAUCUACAUGCUUCACAGAUAUCCAAACGCCAUUUACGAAGACUCCACAAGAAAAAUCUGAUCUUCAAAGAGAUUUCAACAUACAAGGAGCACCGUGCUUAGACUGUUUCGAGUUUAAAGCUCUUUGUUCAUUAGCUGUUUGCUGUUCUUUCCUUGAUUUGUCGAAUGUCAAAAUCCCGAUGACAAAACCUUCGCCGAGGAAGUCCCAUGUUUCGGCAUUGUAUCAAUCAGCUGUCCAGCAUAUCGUAUGGCUUCAGCAACUGCUUGGAUUGAAGAAACAACUUUAUGAACCUGAAAGAUUCUUCAAUGGCAGACUGUUUAGCUUCAUUUACGAUUGUGGUGGCAAUAUAACUAAUGGUAAUUUCUCUUCCUGCUUCGGAAAAGAACUUACAAAGACAUUAGAUAUAGAAAGGGUUCAACCAUUGAUUAAAUGCAUCAUGUAUGCGUUUCCUAGUGAAAUAUUCUCUGCAUUCCAGAGUGUUCCACGUUGUUUGCCUGUAUCUUCAUUCCAAGGCACAAUAAAGAAGAGAACAAUUGAUUUGAAGACAGGUGAAGUCAAAGAAAUCGAAAUCGAAGUUACAGAUGAAAAACAGAGCCAACCAACGAAUGCUCCAGCUCCUCCUGUUGCUCCUACUCUUGCACCUAAGAAGAACAAGCAAAAGAAGAAACAGGGAAUCGAUGAAGAAGCAGAAAUGGCUUUCUUGAUGGAAAUGGCCGCAAAAAACGAGGGUGGUCCAAAGAUUGUAGAAGCAAAGAAACAGACAAAACCAAAGGCUCCUCCAAGAAGAAGAGUAGAGAAAGUAGAUCUCAACCAACUUAAACAGGACUUCGAUCAGAGAAAGGAUGGAAAACUUGAAGCAAAGAGACAGUUGAAACAGGUCUUCCACUCUAGAGCUAUGGAAGAUUAA